UGUCAAAUUUAAUUUUGUUUUUGUCAAUUUUCUGACGUAUAUUACAUUCAAAUAACAACCUAGCAGAUUUUUGACGGAAAAUCAACAUUAAUUAUCCGUAUUUAAACUAAAUACAUUAAAAUAUUAUUUGACAUUUCAUUUCCUUUGAAAUACUAUUACAUGUAGUAUAAGGAUGCAAAUAAAUCUAAUAGAUUACAGCAAUAGUAUAUAUCAUGAAGGAUGUAAGAAGGGGCAGCGAGUGUAUUGUGAGUUUAUUGGCUUCGUUUAUUGGUUUGUUUGAUUUUUUUUCAAAUUCAAGGACGGUCAUUGCUUUAUUAGUGGCUACUGCUACUCGGACAACGAAAUGGCACCCUUCGGAUGUCGUGCCUGUCAAUCAUCUAAAGCGCUUUACGAUUGGACAGAUGUUAACCCGUGCCAUAACGGAGGAAAUUGUGUCGAUAAAACAAUCGGAUAUUACUGUAUGUGUCCACCUGGUUACCGCGGAUUCAAUUGCGAGUAUGAUUUAAACAAAUGUCUAAAUAAUCCAUGUGAGAAUGGAGGAAGGUGUGAAAAUCAGAUAAACAGACGUACAUGUCAUUGUGCAGAUGGAUUUGAGGGUACAAACUGCGAAAAAGAUGAUCCUACCCUGAUGAUCGUGGUUCUUGUUUGCACUGUCUUAGUCCUUGUCAUAAUUGUUGUGGCAAGUACAAAUGGAGGUCUCAAUGCUAUACACAAAAGAAGAAAGCUACGAAAGAUUGAUGGCAAAUUAUCCGUAAGAUACGAAGGAAACGAGGAAGCUAAAAAUCCUAAGCAUACUGCUUUUUAUUAAAGAAGCUUUAUCAAUUGAAAGUUAAAUUUCGUAGAGUAUAGCAAUACUUCUAUGCAAAAUGAGGAAGUUGUUUGACAAAUAAUCCUUAAUCCGAAAAUAUAAAGUAAUAAUAUCAGGAGACAUCUUGGAUUUAACGGCUAUAAAUCUUUAACAAAAUAUAAGUCAAAUUUAUAAAUGCAUGUUGAUUUACCACUGGUGACAUGUAAUCUUUUUUGACGACUUCAGCAGUCAUAUGAAAUGUGUUAAAAUUGAAUGAACAAAAUGUAAACUUUAACGAACUAAAAUUACUAAAACACUUAUAUAUAAUAAUCUCAUAAUAUUAACCGAGUAAUCGUGCAUGUUUCACCAUUCUUUUCUCUUUGAAUACCACGAUGCAUAAAACUUAAUAAUUUGUUAAUGUAGGAAGAUAAUGUCAUAAAUCCAUGUGUAUAUAGAUGUUGUAAGAUGGAACGAAAUAUAUGUUCACAAUGGGGGCGGGGUGGGUCAUUUUGAAGAACUCUUUUUUAAAGCGUCGUCUUAGCAGCAUUAUUAAGAAUUUAGACCUUUUUGUUAAUAUUGCAUGAUGACAAACGAUAAAAAUGCUGAGAUGAAUGCAUUUAUCUUUAACUAUAUGGAAUAUGACGUUGGUCUAUUGAAGACAAUGCUUGUUGUAUAUACAUAAAAGGAAAAUAAAAACUGAAAUUAUUAUUCUUAUAAUAUGAAUGUCUAAUUGAUUAAAAUAUAAGUAUGUUGC